GGUGACUGUUACUCUGGAGAUGAGAAUCAGAAUAAUGACUGCGCUGACUGUCCUCAUGGGCAGUAUAAUGACCCUCGUGACCCCCAGAGGUGCCUUCCAUGCCCAUGCAGUGCUGGGGUUGGUUGCUCGUUGUCUCCAGAGACACAAGAGCCUGUGUGUGACAACUGUCCCGUAGGACUGAGUGGUCCUCGCUGUGAAAUAUGUGCUGACGGAUAUUUCGGAGACCCCCAGGGACAAAAUGGACCUCCUAGGCUGUGCAGACCCUGUGCCUGCAAUAACAACAUUGAUCCCACAGUGGAGGGCAGCUGUGACCAAGUGACGGGAGAGUGCUUGAAAUGUCUUCAUAA